CCCGUUUGUUUGUUGCUGAAGCUUUGGGCUACUAUGACGCCAAAUGUGGAGCUACGACCACGCUGUGCCAUUGAUAUAAGAAAGUGCCCUUCGCCUUGCAUCGACUCUUCCACAUCAUCCAGCAUCUACCACACAAUCACAAUCACUCAACCCACUCAAUCACUUACCAACCCCAACAACCUUCACCAUCAACAUGCGUUUCUCCACCAUCGCCAUGAUCGCCGGUGCCGGCCUUGCCUCCGCACAGGUUGAGUCUCUCCUGUCUUCGGUUGCCUCUUCCAUCGCCAGCGAGGUCACAUCUGCUCUCCCUGGAGCCAGCGGUGCCUCCUCCGUCCUUUCCUCCAUUGAGUCCUCGCUCGGCUCCCAGGUCUCCUCCAUCGCUAGCGGUGCCUCCUCCGCCCUCUCUUCCAUCGAGGGCGGCGCCUCCUCCGCCAUUGCCAGCGUCAGCUCUGAGGCCGCCUCGGCCACUGGCUCUGACCGCGCUUCUGCGUCCAGCGCCAUUGCUAGCAUCCGCUCUUCUGCCUCGGCCGCCGCUUCUUCUGCUACUGCUUCCCCCGGCGCCGCUGCUGCCACUCAGGUUCCCGUCGCUAUGGGCGCCCUUGCUGGUGGUCUCUUCCUCGCUGCUGGCCUCUUGUAAGCGUCUCGCUCGCUCAACAUC